AUGGAUCCACAUGUUUGUAUUGACAACAGCUCAAUCACAGGAUCUAUUGUUUGCUGUGCAAAUUACUACAGAAACGAAAGAGGAGAAUGCGGUUCUUGUGCACCAGGAUUCUACGGUGAUUUUUGUGAGGAUCCUUGUCCCCCUGGAACAUUCGGGGAAUAUUGUGGUGGGCAAUGUGCUUCAGUGUGUAAUUUUGAAGAAUGUGAUCCCGUGAGAGGCUGUGUCCUCAAAAAGAAAGAUGUUACUGUCACUAACAUUGAAUCACGGGCGACGAUAUUUAAUAUAUCAGUAAAUACCACACGACUUUUAUUCUUUGGUUUUAAAAUUGCACGGAGUACAAAUUUUAGCAGCACAACUUUAUCAACUACUUUUUCGGUCAAACAUGUUCCAAGCACUUCAAAGGGACAACUGAAUACAUAUUUACUGGUCUUCAUGGGUAUAGUAAUAGUCUUACUCUUCAUAGUUGUAAUAAUUCAAUUACGAUCAAAAUCUAGACGAGGAAGAAUGUCAAGCCAGAAAUCUACAGGUUAUGGAGAUAUAAAUAAUCAUAGAGAUGUCGAAGAUGCUUAUCUAACUAAUGAACCUGAAUAUCAAGAAAUCGACCAGUACUUGGGAAUACUUAAUGUUUCCGAUGAAGUAAACAAGGAAUCUACAGAAAAGAUAUCGGAACCAUCUCCUGAUAUGAAGGGCUGUUACUUAUCUCCAAUUUCAGGAAUGGGAAAGUCAGACACAAAAACGAAGGACAAAAAACACAAGGAAACUCACGAAUCAUUUUCAAACGCGGAAACCCUAGAAAUUCUCUCUCUAAAUGAGUCUUUUACCAAACCCAGAGUGGAGAAGAAUGCAAUAUUACAUGUAGAAGACACAGAUUUUGAUGAUCACAAUAGUGAUAAAAGUUAUGCAGAACCCUGCUCUUUCAUCUCUUCAGAUGAUAAUCUCUCGCUCAACAGUGAAAUGAAUAAACCAGAAGUGUAUGGCGAAAAUAAUGACUCUUAUCUUUACGUUGUGUUUAAAUGA